AUGGGUGUGCCGACUUACUAUAGCCUCCCCGACACUAUGGACCAUUGGCCUUGGCCGCGGAGCAUCAAUCUAUAUGCGGAGGAGGUCGUGGCCGCGUCCGCAGAGUGGUUCCGCUCCUUCUGUGCGUUCAACGCAACGUCUCAGCGAGCCUUUGACAAAUGCAAUGUUGCAUGCGAACUUACUGGGAUCUCUGUAGCACUCGCUGGUGCUCUGGUCUACCCGUUCUCUGACAGAGAGCUGCUCAGGACCGGUUGCGACUUAUUCAAUCUCUUCUUCGUCUUCGACCACUACACCGACGUAGAAGACGCGGAAGGGUGUCACAAGAUGGUCGACGCAGUCAUCGAUGCGUUGCAUCAUCCGGACCAGCCGCGUCUGGAAGGCGAAGUCAUCCUCGGAGAGAUCACCCGGCGCUUCUGGGCACGUGCGAUCGAGAGCGGUUCUGUUGGUCCCGUCGCCCAGAGUCGCUUCGUGAACUAUUUCACCAAGUAUGUCAGAUCCGUAGUUGACGAAGCCGCGGAUCGGGACAAGGACAUUUAUCGCUCAGUGGACGGCUAUCCUGCUAUCCGCCGGGAUACGGUCGGCUUCCGCCCCUUAUACGCUCUCAUGCUGCAAGAGCUCCCAGACGAGAUUGUCUAUCACCCUGCCAUGGUUGAAAUGAGCGCAUGCGUCACGGACAUGUUGAUCAUCGACAAUGACAUCAUCUCGUACAACACGGAGCAAAGCGCUGGCGACGCACGGCACAAUCUCGUCACAGUCACCAUGCUGGAACACAAGCUCAACCUUGGCGACACUAUCAAUCUCCUCGUCCAGCAGCACAUCACUUUACAGGAGAGGUUCCUGAAGGCCUACCAUUCCUUUGAUCCUCAAUGGGACGCCUUCACGAAUCAACAGCUCCGCGAGGCGCUCCGCGACGUCGCGAACUUCCCGCGUGGCAUCUACUGCUGGCACUUUGAAUGCGGCAGGUACUUUGGAAGCAAGGGCGCAGAGGUUGGAAGGACGCGCCGCGUGCAGCUCCUACCGCAGCUGCUGAAUGGCGAUCGGAGGCAGGAGAACGUCGCUAUACCUGUCAUCGACGAAUUGUGGGGCAAGACGGAGGGGUUGGCGGUGUGACAGUCAGCGUCCUAUAUCCAUGACUAGAGUUCCCUGCCUGUCAUUAUUUCAUUGUCCAUACAUAGAGCACCUGAUUAGAACCGGCGGUAUCACUUUCAGUAGAUUGCCCGCAAACCAGCUUGAGUGGCAAUCGAGACACGGCAGCCACCUAAGGUGCCGACCUGGACAUGGAUGAGAGCGUAUUUUAUCAACACUUUGGCCUUGGGCACUGCUCAACCAUCACUGGCAUAAGAUGCAGUCACUGUCUAGUCGUACCAGUCAUGGUAUAGCCAUGAACCGUCCU